UUUCCCAAAACAUCUUGUUUAAAUCUUCCUUAUCACUGAUGAGUAAUUAUAUAAAGUAGUAUAUACAUGAUGAAUAAUUAUUGGAAUUUUCUGACCAAAUUCCACAUUGAGAGAUUGAUAAGGCUGCAAUUUUAUCAUACACAUACCUACCGAUAAAAUUCGUCAUAAGGGGGCAUAUCGGAGUGCCCCCCAAUAUUUUGGGAUGAUGCCGAAGAAAGGAGAAAAUCGCAUUGUAUCCAAACAUAGAGAGAUAGUGUGAAAUAUGUGUAAAAAUAUAAUGUUUGUACUCUACAGCUUUUAUUUACAAAACAAUUAUUUCCCUCCUAAUGAAUGAAUACCAAUGAAGGUGUUCAUAUGUUCGUCGGGCAGCAUAAGAUUCAGUCUACGAGCAACAAUUUGCGCCACGAGACGUACAGCGCGCGUUAAUCUCCCUGCUUUGGCCUUUUAAGUGGAUUUUUCGGUGAAGCAGCAGUAAAAGUGAAAUUUUUUCAACGACAAAACAUAUCUCCGCGAGAAUUAUAAAAGUGAAAGACAGAUAGACGCACCAAUUGGAAAUUUUUAUAUUGCAUCUCUGACAGGCACAAAAAAUGGAUAUAUUAGCAUCAAUUUUGUCAACUUUCGCCAAAUUUGUCCUUCGCAAUGCGGAUGAAACCAUGAGUUGGAUAAUGCGGAGGAUGCUGCGAGGAGCAAUAGUUUUGCUGAGUUGGUUCGUCAUUCCGUACAGCUGGAUUAAGACACUGAGGAUUUCCCGGCAGAAGAUACCAUGCAUGUCUAGCAACCUCUUGGAAAUUCCGGCAGUUGAUCUGGCACAAAUGAUACGCAAACGGCAGAUCAAAUGUGAGCACGUGAUAAAGGCAUACGUUGAUCGCUGUAGGCAAGUCAAUCAUUUGCUCAAUGCCAUUGUCCAGGAGCGCUUCGACGAGGCACUUCAGGAAGCAAAAAAUGUCGAUGAAUUCCUCGCAACAACCACAAAAUCCACGGAGGAAAUUGAGCACGAAACUCCCCUCCUGGGAGUUCCUGUCACGGUUAAAGAGAGUAUCGGUCUUCGGGGGAUGUCCAAUCAGGCUGGGUUACGCUUUGAGAAGCAACGCGUUGCCAUGGAGGAUGCCCCUAGUGUGGCUCAGGUGCGAAAAAGUGGAGCAAUCUUCCUCCUUGUCAGCAAUACUCCUGAACUCUGCAUGCUGUGGGAGACGUACAACAAAAUAACGGGCACAACGAGGAAUCCCCAUGAUUUGAGACGAACUCCUGGAGGAUCUAGUGGUGGUGAGGCAAGUCUCCUGGGAGCUGGAGCAUCCCUCCUCAGUCUUUCGUCGGAUAUUGGUGGUUCUGCACGACUUCCUGCCAUGUAUACGGGAGUUUUUGGGCACAAACCAACACCUUUCCUUGUCUCCCCAUACGGACAUGUGCCCACAAGUGGAGAUCCCCGGUGGGGAGAUUAUUUCACAAUUGCACCAAUGACCAGGUAUGCUGUGGAUCUACCCCUCCUACUGAAAUGCAUGAGAGACCCCCAAGGACCUCCUGUGGACAUUGACAAGCCCGUUGAUGUGAAGAGCAUCAACUACUACUACAUGGACAGCGAUGGACCAUCAGGACUCACACGACCUCUCACCUCUGACAUGCAGCAGGCCGUCCUCAAGGUGGCACGACACUUUAAUGCCCAAAAAGUUCACAUUGACCUCCUCAAGUGGUCCUUUGACAUCUCCGUCUCCCAGCUGCUGCGGAUACAGAAUAUUGAGACAAUUUACAACCAAUCAUGGGAUACGGAGAAGAGCAAGAAGCUCUCCGUGGAGUGGCUGAAAUAUCUCUUUGGGUGCUCCAAUCACAUCUUCAGUUCCGUUCUCAUUGGAUUCCUGCAGAAAUUCAUCUCAUCCCUGCCACAGAGGCGUCAUGAUCAACUCGAAGGGAUCGCCAAGGAGCUCAAGAAUCACUUUGUACAGCUCCUUGGGACAAAUGGGGUCUUCAUCUACCCAUCCUUCCCAACAAGUGCUCACUACCACUAUCGCAUCUUCCACAAACUCCUCGACACGAGCUACAUGAUGGUCUUCAAUACGCUCGGCUUUCCCGUAACCAAUGCUAUGGUGGGCAUGGACAAGAACAACUUGCCCGUUGGUGUACAAAUUGUCGCCAGCCCGCAGCAGGAUCAUCUCUGUCUUGCCGUUGCUAAGGAAUUGGAACGUGCUUUUGGUGGGUGGAAGAAACCUCCGCAAACCAGUUAGCUCAUCAAAUUCAGUGCUGUGCAUUAGCUCUAUAUUCAUUUUUUUUUGUUAAUGAUGAAGAGGGUGUUUCAAUUGAUCUGAUUAACCCAUUUUUGUCGGUUGAAAGUUUCAGGACAAUGAGAGUUUUUUUUAUCGAAAAAAUGUUUUUUUAAGGAAUCAAUCAGGAAUUGUUAUAUUUAUGUAGUUUGUGAUUGUGAGAUACAUAUCUUGAAGUUAAAAUUCUUUCAAAGAUUGCUCAAUGAUUCAAAAAGAAAAUUAUUCUAAUUCUAACAAAGGGUGCAUUCUGAUACAUAUAAAUCUUUUCUUUUCUUUUAUUAUAAUUCGUAAGUUGUAAGAUUUUUAGUAUUCUAGGAAAAAUCUUCAAGGAUUUUGAUAUUUUACUUAUCUCUUUAAUCGAGUUUUUGAAAGAAAAUUAUUCUUCCUUGGGGUUUCAAAGACAUUUCUUAAUGUUUUUUGCGUUUUUUUGGAAUAACCGGAAUAACAAAUUCUUUGUUUUUAUAUAGAAAACGACAAUACAACGAUUUCAAAACACCAUCUGUCAGAAGUUUACGACAACUUUUAGAGUUAGAACAGAAAAGAAAAGAUUUUUAUCAGAAUCGACCUUAAACAUUUCUUUGUAUUUUGAAGACCAUUUCCACAAUUUUAGCUGUGAUUUUUUUUAAUCAAAAUCUAUCCAGAAGAGUUUUUUGCGAUAAAUGCAAACAUAAGUUAAGGUCAUUAGAAAAAAAUGACGCCAUUUUGAAAACAAAAAUAUUAGGAAUCUAUUCUGAUAAAAAUCUUUUCUUUUCUAACAAUUUAAAAGUUCUUUUAAGAUUGAAUUUGUUGUUCCAGAAAAUAUUCAGAAAAAUCCUUAAAGCAGUCCUGGAGAAAACAUUUUCCUUCAAAAACCUGAUUAAAGAAACAAAUAAAAUGUCAAAAUCUGAAAGGAUUUUUCCCUGAAUUAAAAAAAAAUCUUAUAAUUGACGAAUUGUAAGAUAAGAAAAGAUUUCUAUGAGAAUCUAUCCCAUUAAAUUCAAUUGGAUAUUUAUUAGAUAAAUUAAAUAUUAAAGAAGAAUUAAUUAAAAAACAAACAUAAUUAACCCUUUCAGGUCCGCGACUAAUCUAGCUAGCUGAUUGAACUAAAGAUAUUUUUUAUGCGUUCAUUUAAGCUCAAAUUAGACAUUUUUAACAAAAAAAAAUCCCAACUCGAAAAUUUUCGAUUUUCCGUUUUUUUAUUAACCUCUAUUGGAUUUUUUUUAGCUGAUAUUCUUUGAAGACUUCCGGAAACAUCGAUUUUAUCCUCAAACAGAUGUCCUCGAAAGGAUUCCGUUUAACCUUCAGCAUAUUCUGAGAUUUAAAAAAAAAACGCAAAAUAAGAUUUUAUUCUCAAAAUAUUAAAAAAGAAUUUAAAAAUUUGCAAAAUUUAGCUUCCGGAAUUUACAAUUAAAGCUUCCGGAAUAAUAAAAAAUGAAAAUAGGUAAUUUUUUCCAGAUAGAAUAAUUGAAUUAAUAAGAGAAAUAUCUAAAAAAAAUUAACUAAAAAAACGAUAUAAAAUAAGUACAUACCCCAAACAAAUUUAUUCCUUCAAUUUUAUCAUAAAUGCCGCUUCCGACAGAAAUGGGUUAAUUUUUUGUUAAAUGGUUCUUUUCGUACAUUGGAACACCCUGUAAAAUAAAUUAGAAAAUAGUUCUAAGUUAGUUUAUUAAUUGAGUAGGUAGAAUUUGUACAAGAAUAAAGGAUAAUACUGACCUUGAA